GCCUAUCAUCAGUCCGUGAGACGGUCUCAAAGCUAUUGGUCGUGUUGUCGCUUGUCGGUCCGAACCGAAACGAAACGAAACGAACCGAACCCAGCCAGAGCCCAGGCUAGAGAUCGCACUGAGAGAGCACACGAGCAGCGUGGCGUAUCGUAACGGGACGAAACGUGAGAGAGAACGUAAGCGCGCGCGCGUACCGAACGGUAACGCGAUAACGGUAACACAUUCAAAUGUACCACUAAGCAAAAAGUUAAAUAAACUAGUGUGAAGUGAUUUCGAGGAUCGAGGAUCGAGGAUCGAGGAUCGCACUGGGACAUCCCUUGCAAAAUGUGAAAAUUAAGCAUGAAAAACGGCAACCAAAAUAUGCAAUGAAAUGUAAUUCCUACUUCACUUUCAUCCUAGACAAAUACAAAUCCAAAACAAAUAAAAACUCCUACCCCCCAAAAUUCCUAUAGACAUACUCGUACUCCUUCCUACUCAACUAAUGGAUAAAAGUUCUUUAAAUCUGCAUAAAUCAUAAAAUAAACCAAUAUAGUGGAAUAAAUAAUUCACACAAAUCAAAGCACAAAUCGUAAAAAUCGUAAAAAGAACUUCUGAAAAAGUAGAAAGAAAAAGACACUUUUAUGGACUACGCCCAAGUGCAGUGCACAGAUGCAUAUCUAUGGCCUAUAUACACCCAAGAGAUCGGUGCUAAAUCAAUGAUAACUACAUACUUAGAUCCAAUUAAUGCAAAUUAUGACAGCCAGCGCUUAAAUGCAAAGCGAAUUAAGCUGCGCGGAAAUCGCAGAAUCAGAAUCAGCAUCGGAAUUGGAAUCGGACUCCAACUCGAACUCAGAGACAACGCGCUGGACAUGUGUACAGGUCGAUGAUUAUGGGCAGACAUUAAACGGACAAUCCAUAAUGAAAUUAUAAAAUAGAAAAGAUUAUAGCCUGUCCAGAUAGAAACGGGAAGGUGCAGCAGAGAUUGUCUGGUACUUAUUGCACGAGAGAGCGACUGGAGAUUGGAUCGAUGUCAACCCCCAACGAGAACAGCAAUUAAAGUUAAUUAACUAGUAAAAUAUAAUAAUAAUAAAAACAACAGCCUGUACCAUAAAUCAGCAAGAAAAACAGCAAAACAAACGCGUAUCCGAAGCAAAGUGAAGGAGUGAUUGUAUAAAGUGUAAAAAGUAAAGUAAAGAUAAAGAUUAAAAAAUAUCUCAGAGCAGGCCCUUCUCAUAUACGUACAACAAGCAAGAUCCUAAACAACAAGAAAUGUAAAACACACAACAUAAAAUAUAAUAAAUUAUUAACUAAAAGAAACUCUACAGAAUCUUCCGACUAAAUCGCCAAAAACCCAAACAAUUUUCCAAUUUUUAAACAAAGUUUAAGGCCAAUUUCCUUGAAAAUAAAAUAAAUUACAUAAAUUGAACAACGAAAACCACUUAAAGGCAUUUCCCACGCAGCCGUCGGCUUUGUUGUUGGCUGCCUUCAGCAAUAUCUAGAUAUAUAUUUGAUCGAUCACAGGAUGACUUACGCGCCACAACAACAACGAGCAGCAGAGCCAACAACCACAACAGCCAGAAGAUCAAAUUUGUGUAGCAGCCAAUGCCAGACGGGUUAUCAACAUCCGUAAAAGCAAAGGAAAAAAAAUUAUUAAAACCCCAACAACGUUGCAACAGCCAAACGGUGCUCAAAUGGUGAUUUCUUCCUGCCAACGGCCAGCGGAUAUCCGUGCGGAUUUUACCAUAAGAUCUGCAACAGCAACAACCAGAGCCCCAACAAGUUGUGCAAUUAGAGCAGAGCUGCUCCAUCAACUAGAAGAGGCUGGCAAAUUGAUGCCACUGCCACCACCAAAGCCGCAUCACUAUCAAGCAUGUAUUUUAUUCCUGUGUACAACUGUGUGAACGCCCGAAGGUAGCAGCAGAUUUGAAUCGAAUUGAAACUCAAACAUUUGGAAGCAAAGAGAGAGCGCCCGAUCAUCAUUGAGAACGUGCCACAGAAGAGUUGAAGUUGCACGUUAGCUAGCAACAGUUAUGAGAGAGAAAGACCACUCACCAAGAAAGAUGCUUCCUAGCCCGAAACAGGGCUGCGUUUACCCUGCCUUAGGAUUAGUACCCACAUCGUAUAUAUCACACGUACCUUACGACCUGGCAGCCGCCUCGACGACAUCCUCCUCCUCCUCAUCCUCAUCCUCCGCAGCAGGCACUGGCACGACGACAACCACCACGACGGCGGCCAGGCAUCAGCAGCACCAGCACCAACACCACCAGCAACAGCAGCAGCAGCAACUGCAUCAUCAUGGGGGCAAGGCCAAGAGGAGAAGCAGCUACGAUCAGCCGCUGGAUCUGCGGCUGGCGCACAAGCGGAAAACGGAUCUGGGGGAGCCCGGCAGUCCCAUGGAGGACGAGAACAGCAACCUAAUCAUGUUCGCCAGCGAGCUGGCCGCCGCCCAGCAGAAGGAGAAGGAGCUGAACAACAAUCACAUAGCCGCCUCGCUGGCGGAUCUGGGCUUCGACAUGAGCCGCAAGAUGCUGCGUGCGCUGCGGGAGGGAGCGGGCAGUGGGGCCACCACUCCGCUGGGUGCACCGCCGCAGUGCGCGGUGCCCGCGGUGCAUCCCACACUGCUGGAGGCCAUGACCAAGACCCUGCCGCUGCAGUACAGGAAUGUCUUUGCGGGAGUGCUGCCGGGCAAGGCUCCCACCACUGCGGCUGCCUCGACGAGCCCCACGGGCGCUGAGUUUCCCUUCCGGCAUCCGCUGAAGAAGUGCGAGCUGACAUGGCCACCGCCCACGGAGCAAUUGCAGCUGGAACUGCCAGGAGGAGGAGGCGUAGGUGGUGUGGGCCCUGCCAGCGGCGGCAAGACGGCGGCUCCACAUCCCCAGCUGCAGGACUAUCAGACGCGUCAGCACUCGCGAAAGAGCAAGGCACGAGCUCCGGCGGCCACGGGUGCUGCCGGGCCGGGAGCCGCCACGCCGCCGCAGCGCAACAAGGAUCGGUACACGUGCAAGUUCUGCGGCAAGGUGUUCCCCCGCUCCGCGAACCUCACGCGCCACCUGCGCACCCACACGGGCGAGCAGCCGUACAAGUGCAAAUACUGCGAACGUUCCUUCAGCAUCUCCUCGAACCUGCAGCGCCACGUGCGCAACAUCCACAACAAGGAGCGGCCCUUCAAGUGCGAGAUCUGCGAGCGCUGCUUCGGCCAGCAGACGAACCUCGAUCGCCACCUGAAGAAGCACGAGUCGGACGCGGUGUCGCUGAGUGCCUUGAGUGGUGUGAGCGAGCGGAUGCACUGCAUUCGACGCUUCUGCGAGAAUCCCAGCGAGGAGUCCUACUUUGAGGAGAUUCGCACCUUCAUGGGCAAGGUCACCCAGCAGCAGCAGCAACAGCAGCAGCAGCAGCAGCAGCAACAUCACCACCAGCAGCAGCAGAAUCACCAUCAGUCAGUGACCACGCCCCGCAGCUCGGCCUCCAGCUCGUGCUCCUCCUCGCAUACGCCCACAUCCUCGCGGCACACGCCCACGCAGUCGGACACAUCGGAGGCCCUGGCCCAAGAGCUGCGGCGCCUGCAGGCGGAGCGCAUCAAAGUCGGCGAAGACAGCAAUGAGGCAACAGCGAGAACCACUAGCCCAGAGGCAACAGCAGAGGAGGAAGACUCCAAGCCCAGCCUCGAGACGCUGGCAUCCAAGCUAUUUCCCACUACGCCAUCAGCUAAUGCUCCCGAUGCUGGUGCUGCUGUCACCGUCAAAGAGGAGCCGCAGCAUCCCUAAUGGCCAGCCACCAACAAGAACUAUCCAACAAGAAUUUCAACAUAUUUUUCCUACUAUAUAAUC